AUGUCGCAACAGGAGCAGCCGCUUCCGAGCAGCGCGAGCGGCGCGGAGGGCGCUGACGUGGACGAAUCAGGGGUGGCGCAGUCGCCGUCGUCCGCGAAUCCCGCCGCGCCGUCCUUCGCGUCGUCGUCGCUCUACGUGGGCGACCUGGACGCGAGCGUCACAGAGGCUCAACUCUUCGACCUCUUCUCACAGGUGGGCCCAGUGGCCUCCAUCCGCGUGUGUCGCGACAUGGUCACUCGGCAGUCGCUGGGAUACUCAUAUGUCAACUUCAGCAGCAGCCAGGAUGCUGCUCGAGCUCUCGAUCUGCUCAAUUUCACCAAUGUGGCGGGGCGUCCCAUGCGCAUCAUGUUCUCGCACCGGGACCCCUCGAUCAGACGCAGCGGCACCGGCAAUAUCUUUAUCAAGAAUCUCGACAAGAGCAUUGACAACAAGGCCCUAUACGACACCUUUGCGGCGUUCGGCUCCAUCCUCUCCUGCCGCGUCGCUACGGACGACAGCGGCGCGUCCAAGGGGUUUGCGUUUGUGCAGUUUGAGAAAGAGGAGGUGGCAAAGGCGGCUAUUGAGAAAGUCAACGGCAUGCUCAUUGCAGGGAAGCAGGUGUUUGUGGGUCCGUUUGUGCGCAAGCAGGACCGCAGUGCAAACGACAGCGACAGCAUGGGUGGCGGGGGAGGAGGAGGAGACAGAUCAGGCAACCAGCAGCAGCAGCAGCAGUAUACCAAUCUCUACGUGAAGGGUUUAGGGGAGGAGACGACUGAUGAGGAGCUUUUAAAGGUGUUUGCCGCGUUUGGGGCGAUAAAGAGCGCUGUGGUUAUGCGGGAGGCUGAUGGGCGGAGCAAGGGUUUUGGGUUUGUGAAUUUCGAGAAAGCGGAGGAUGCUGCGAAGGCUGUGGAGGGGGUUAAUGGGAAGCGGGUUGUGAAAGGGGUGGUGGUGGGGGGUGGGGAGGGGGAGGGGAAGGGAGAGGAGGGUGGGGAAGCAGGCAAGGAGAAGGCGAAGGAAGGGGAGGAAGGGGAGAAGGAGGGAGAAAAGGAGACAAAGGAGGGAGAAGCGAAAGAGGGAGAAAAGAAAGAGGGAGAAACGAAGGAGGGAGAAACCAAAGAGGGGGAACCGAAAGAGGGGGAAACGAAAGAGGGGGAAACGAAAGAGGGAGAAACGAAAGAGGGAGAAACGAAGGAGGGAGAAACAAAAGAGGGAGGAAAGAAGGAGGGGAAGAAGGGAGGGGGAGGAGCGGGGCGGGUGUGGUACGUGGCACGGGCCCAGAAGAAAGCAGAGAGAGAGGCAGAAUUGAAGCGGCGAUAUGAGGAGGAGAGGCGGCAGCAGACUGAGCGGUAUUCACAGAGGAAUUUGUACUUCAAGAAUCUGGAGGAGAGUGUGGAUGAGGGCGAGUUGAAGAACAUGUUCCAAGAGUAUGGUGCUGUCACCAGCUGUAAGAUUCUCAAGCACGAAACGGGCGGCAGCAAGGGUGCUGGCUUCGUGCUCUUAGCAAACGAGGCCGAUGCUGCAAAGGCGCUCGCAGCACUGAACAGCAAGAUGGUGAAGGGAAAGCCUCUCUACGUGGCUGUGGCACAGCCAAAGGCAGAGCGACAGGCGCAGCUGCAGGCCAUGUUUCAGCAGCAGCGGGGGGGACAGCCCCACCCCCGGGGGGUUGUGGCUGGUGUGCCUGGUGCUGCAGGAGGUUACUAUGCUCCCCCGGGGGUGGUGGCGCAGCAAGGAGGGUUCUACAGCCAGCCGGGAAUGAUGCCUGUCCAGCCUCCAUACCCCUACUCCCAGCAGCCCAUGCGGCCAGGCAUGGUGCUACCAGCAGGCAUGGGGGGAGCGCCAGGGAUGGGGGCACCGGGAAUGGGGGCACCAGGAAUGGUGCCGGGGGGAGCGCAAGGCAUGGUGGGGGGUCCAAACCCGAACGUGUACAUGCGGCAGCAGCAGCAGUACGGGGCAGCGCAAGGGGCACCUGUGCAGGUGGGGAGUGGGGCAUCAGGAGUGGGGGCACCUGGGAUGGGAGCACAAGGCAUGGUGGGGGGACCAAACCCGAACGUGUACAUGCGGCAGCAGCAGCAGUACGGGGCAGCGCAAGGGGCUCCUGUGCAGCAGCAGUACGGGGCAGCUCAAGGGGCGCCUGUGCAGGUGGGUUGGGGGCGCUGGGAACUGGGAGCACCAGGGAGCGGGGCAUCAGGAGUGGGGGCACCUGGGAUGGGAGCGCAAGGCAUGGUGGGGGGACCGAAUCCGAAUGUGUACAUGCGACAGCAGCAGCAGUACGGGGCAGCGCAAGGGGCUCCUGUGCAGCAGCAGCAGUACGGGGCAGCUCAAGGGGCUCCUGUGCAGGUGUGUGAAGGCACUGGGUAUGGGGGCACCAGGGAAUGGGAGGAGCACUUAGGAGUGGAGGCAGGAGGGAUGGGGGCACCAGGGAUGGGAGCGCCAGGCAUGCUGGGCGGACCGAACCCCAACGUGUACAUGCGGCAGCAGCAGCAGUACGGGGCAGCUCAAGGGGCUCCUGUGCAGGUGUGUGAAGGCACUGGGUAUGGGGGCACCAGGGAAUGGGAGGAGCACUUAGGAGUGGAGGCAGGAGGGAUGGGGGCACCAGGGAUGGGAGCGCCAGGCAUGCUGGGCGGACCGAACCCCAAUGUGUACAUGCGACAGCAGCAGCAGUACGGGGCAGCUCAAGGGGCUCCUGUGCAGGUGUGUGAAGGCACUGGGUAUGGGGGCACCAGGGAAUGGGAGGAGCACUUAGGAGUGGAGGCAGGAGGGAUGGGGGCACCAGGGAUGGGAGCGCCAGGCAUGCUGGGCGGACCGAACCCCAACGUGUACAUGCGGCAGCAGCAGCAGUACGGGGCAGCUCAAGGGGCUCCUGUGCAGGUGUGUGAAGGCACUGGGUAUGGGGGCACCAGGGAAUGGGAGGAGCACUUAGGAGUGGAGGCAGGAGGGAUGGGGGCACCAGGGAUGGGAGCGCCAGGCAUGCUGGGCGGACCGAACCCCAACGUGUACAUGCGGCAGCAGCAGCAGUACGGGGCAGCUCAAGGGGCUCCUGUGCAGGUGUGUGAAGGCACUGGGUAUGGGGGCACCAGGGAAUGGGAGGAGCACUUAGGAGUGGAGGCAGGAGGGAUGGGGGCACCAGGGAUGGGAGCGCCAGGCAUGCUGGGCGGACUGAACCCCAACGUGUACAUGCGGCAGCAGCAGCAGUACGGGGCAGCGCAAGGGGCUCCUGUGCAGCAGCAGCAGUACGGGGCAGCGCAAGGGGCUCCUGUGCAGGUGAGGGGGCGGGCUGUGAGGGUUAGAGCAGCAGGGAUGGUGGCGACACCGGGCAUGGCAGGAGGGAUGGGAGCACAAGGCAUGGUGGGGGGAGGCAUUGGGACCAAUGUGUACAUGCGGCAGCAGCAGCAGUACGGGGCAGCUCAAGGGGCGCCCAUGCAGGUGAGGAGGCGGGCUGUGGGCAUUGGGGCACCAGGAGAGGGAGCACCAGGGAUGGGGGCAUGGCAGGAGGGAUUGCAGGAGGGAUGGGAGUGCCGGGGGAGUGGGAGCGGGCAUGGUGGGGGGACCAAUCUCCAGCCUGCACUGCAGGUCUUGCAUUUGAUCCUGGCAGCAGCAGUGGCAUCAGCUCAGCCAGAGCAGCAGCGAGCGAUCCUGGGUGAGCAGCUGUACCCCUUAGUCGCACGACAGGAGCCGGAGCAUGCGGGCAAGAUCACGGGAAUGCUGCUGGAGAUGGACAAGGGGGAGCUGCUCAUGCUGCUGCAGUCCCCAGACGCACUCCGAGCCAAGACCUCCCAGGCUUCCUCCAAAGCCUCCUCGCAGCAGAAUGUGAAGGCGAAAGCCUUCGCCGUCCGCGCGGUCGCGGAGCCGGCCGCUAAGAAGCUGACGAUCGAGGAGGCGGAAGCGCGCGUGGUCGCGGGAAAUCCGCCGCCUGCCCCGGCCGCCAAGCCCCGCUCAGCAGCUCCUAAGGGAACGCCGAUCGUCGAGCAGCUGAACCUCAUCUCGAGGCCUCGUCGCAACCGCCGCUCUCCGUUCCUGAGGGAGGCAUUCCAGGAGACCUUCGUCACUCCUGCCAACUUCAUCCUUCCCCUCUUCAUCCACGAAGGCGUGGACCCCUCCCCCAUCGGCUCCAUGCCGGGAUGCUACCGUCUCGGCUGGAACACUGGGCUUAUUGAGGAGGUGUACAAGGCGCGUGACGUGGGAGUCAACCAAGUCGUGCUCUUCCCCAAAGUGCCCGAUGCUCUCAAGACCCCCACGGCUGACGAGGCGUACAACCCGGACGGCAUUGUUCCGCGCAGCAUACGCCUGCUCAAGGACAAGUUCCCCGACCUGAUCAUCUACACUGACGUGGCACUGGACCCGUACAACUCGGACGGCCACGAUGGCAUCGUGAGGGAGGAUGGCGUGAUCAUGAACGACGAGACCGUGCACCAGCUGUGCCUGCAGGCCGUCGCCCAGGCGCGUGCAGGGGCGGACGUGGUGAGCCCGAGUGACAUGAUGGACGGCCGUGUGGGCGCCAUUCGCGCUGCUCUAGACGAGGAGGGUUUUAACGAGGUCUCCAUCAUGUCCUACACCGCCAAGUAUGCGAGUGCCUUCUACGGCCCCUUCAGGGAAGCACUCGACUCCAACCCCCGCUUUGGCGACAAGAAGACCUACCAGAUGAACCCUGGGAACUACAGGGAGGCGCUUAUUGAGACCCACGCAGACGAGAGCGAGGGGGCCGAUAUCCUCAUGGUCAAGCCCGCCAUGCCUUACCUGGACGUGAUUCGUCUGCUCCGCGACAACACAGCGCUGCCCAUCUCAGCCUACCAGGUGUCGGGCGAGUAUGCCAUGAUCAAGGCCGCAGCAGCCAAUGGGUGGCUCGACGAGAAGAAGGCGGUGCUGGAGUCGCUCCUGUGCAUCAAGCGAGCUGGCGCAGACAUUAUUCUGACUUACUUUGCCAUCCAGGCUGCGCAGUACCUGGCUGGGGAGAGAAAAUAG